CAGAGCUUGGAAUUUACGAUCUGACGUUCUUCUCAUUUUUUUUGAGUAGGUCUUCAUGUGCUGCACUACUUGCAUUCCUUCGCCUUCUCGCACCAACAUGUGAGUAGAAAGUAAACCAAAAAGAAAUAACACGAUGUACGGUGGCGGUAUGAUGUACGGCGGUGGUUAUGGGGGCUACCGGGGCGGCAUGAACAUGAUGCAGCACCCCGGCGGGCAAGGUCCGAUGAACGGGCAGGUACCGUUGGAUGCCAACGGAAACCCAAAGCCGCCGGUCCCCCAGUUCAGCACGCGGGCGAUGGUGCGGUUUCUGAUGGAGUGCGCCGCGGUCAUCCAGGGCACCGCGCUCGUUUUUGUCACCGUGAACAGCUGGCUGCAGUCGCAGACGAACGCGACGGGCGAGGGUGGGCCGUUGAAACAGUUGUGGACCAUCGUGAAGAGCGUGGUGUUCGGAAACAAAAGCACUAACGGGGGCAACGCGAUAACGCGCGGCACGGAGUGGGCCAAGGAGUUUGUGCAGCGGCAGAGGCACUUGGAGCGGGAGUUUUACCGGGGUAGCGGCCGGCAAUUCUCCUGGGUGCAAUCGUUAUUGCUGUUGUACCUAGUGUACAGUCUGGUCUCGGAAUUUCGAAACUAUUUACGGUUGCAAAAGCUACCGGUCAAAGUCCUCGAGGCGGCGGCUGCGCGCAGCCGGCUCAAGAUGCUCACGAACGACAGCAAUUAUCGAGGAACAGGUACAGGACGACCAGGAGGCGCUCUUCCCGGACCACCAUCCGCCAGUGGCGGCGGAAUGACGUCAACUUUUUCUCCUGGGACAGCAUCCUCGCAACAGCCACGGCAGGGAAAGCCGCUCGGCGGGCCAAGCAACUUGCCCACCGCAAGUACUAGCAGUAGUAGGGCGGCACAGGGAGGUGGACCACCGGGUGGAACAAGUGGCUUCUCAUCGGGAGGGGGCACGACGCUGACGACGGUGGAGAAAGUCGGGAAAACGUCGGUGGAGGUGGAAGUGAACCAUGCGAAUGGCGACCAGGAAAAAAUCAGCCAAUACGCAGACUUUUACUUCAAAAAGCAGCAAGAAAUGAAAGAAAAAAGGGAAAAACAGAUGAACCAAGGCGCGGCCACAUCUACUGCAUCCGGCAGGCACAUUUAGAGUUAGUGAAGAAAGUGAAAUCUUCGCGCAAUCAAAGGUGAAAGCAAAUGCAAAAGUAGC